UGAAUCUUGUAUUUUGUAUUAUUCGUAUUGCUCGUACCAUGGAGCUUCCAUCACUCUCAUCCUUGAACAAAGAAAAGUUCCUUGGUCAUUCCGGUAAUCAAUCUAUUCUUAUUUUAAGGAUUUUUUUAAACUUCAGCCGGCCCCUUAUUGUCAUCUUCCCACCCUUUUCAAAAACUUGGGAUAAUUUGCAAAGCGUAUGGUGCAAACGCUUCCUAGAAGAGAUUGCACAUUUGGGAACUAACGUGAACGAGAAGAGUACGGGUAAAAACAACCUCAGUCCAAGUUGCGGUAUAUGUGUGGACAGCUCUCGACGGGUAAAUCCUGAACAGAGUACGGGUAAUAACAACCUCAGUCCAAGUUGCGGUAUAUGUGUGGACAGCUCUCGACGGGUAAAUCCUGAACAGAGUACGGGUAAUAACAACCUCAGUCCAAGUUGCGGUAUAUGUGUGGACAGCUCUCGACGGGUAAAUCCUGAACAGAGUACGGGUAAAAACAACCUCAGUCCAAGUUGCGGUAUACCGUAUAUAUGUGUGGACAGCUCUCGACGGUAUUUUUCUUGGCAGAUUAAACGUGAAUUUAGAGAUAUAGAGUACUUUCGGAUGUUUUGGUCAUCAAUAAUCCUUCAUCGGAAGAAUAAAAUAAGAGAUAUGGAAAAUGAAAUAACUAAGGAAGAGAGCAAUGAGAAUAUUAGAAAUUUUAUUGAACAUUUUGAAUCUUCAUACAAAGGACUUGAUGAAGAAAAAAAGUGGAUACUGGGAUCCGGAAACAAGGUUGAAGACAUCAUCUACAAAUAUGGAUCAACGCUUAAACAUGAAAAUUUGGUGCAUUCAUUUGUUUUAGACACUGAUGAUAAAAAUAUUCGUGACCUCUUCUCUGCAAAUGAAUGGAACGAGAUUCUCGAGAAUAAUUCUAAAAAAUCGCCAAAAAUCGAGUCUGAUCUUCUAUAUUACAUAACGCGGUACAGAAAGGCACGUAUUUCGAAAAAAACGAAUGUAAAAGAUCUUCGAGAAGCCGUCAGCAAACUGUGUAAGAAAACUGAUAAUGAUGUGGAAGAGCAGUUCGACUAUAUAUGGAUCAGGAACUGCAUAAGUAAUUUGUUGACUCUAUAUGAAAUAAAACCGCGUGUUUUUGAGAAAUCGCAUCUUGAGCGGUGGUAUGACACAAACAUCUGGUCAUCAAUUAUCGAUCAAUGUAUGUGGAACUUGAAGGACGUGGAACUCAUCAGGGGAGAGUCUUGUUCUAUCGCUAGUAGUGAGCGCAAAGCAAAAAAUAGAAUUUUACAAGUACGUAAACCACUCGGUCGCCGUGGUGAUGGAGUGUUCCGCAUGGAAAAAGGUCUUUGUGAAUACGGUGCUGCGGAACAUGGUCGUCUUUUUCAGGGUGAAAAGGAUAAGAAAUUUAUGUCAGAUGGUUUCAAGUUGACUAGAAUGCUACGAGACAUGUUGGGAAGAUUUUCAGCAGAGUUAAGUACAGAAGUAUUGAAGCAGAUCGAGAUGGUUGGAUAUUUGCAUUCAGAGAGAAUGUUGCAAAUAUUCGUCCUUGACUAUGCAGAAGGGUAUAUGAUACGUCUUCGAAAAGGAGCCCUAUUAGAAGUUCCCAAGGAACCGGUGAAUAUUGACAAUCUGUUGAAGCUGAUAACGGCUGUGUUAUCAAGCAAGCUACGAAUUUCUCGCACAAUUUCCCUGUUGCAAACUCCUGAACAAUCAAAUGAUCUCGAAUUUACUAAAGAGUUGUCAACUGCUGACCAAAUUGAACGCGUUUGCUCCAAUAAUCAAAUCUUAGAUUUACCAGAUCCGCCUUCAUCUCCACCCUCGCGAAACAAAUCUUUAUUAUAUUUAAUGGGUGCUUAG